AUGCCCAAGAACAGACCAUCCAAAGAGAAGAGAGACCAAGCGAAAACGGAAGAGAGACGUGCCAGGAGAAUAGAAAAGGAGACCAGGGAGAAUGACCGCGCGAAAGCAGUCGCUGAUGACAACACCCUCGACUUCGCUGCGAAAAUUGAGCAUUUAGCACAGAUACGGAAUUGGUUCUGCGCAGAUACAACUGUCGUUGAUCAAUACAUGGCAAGCGAGAUUUCAGCAGCAGAGGCAGUCAAUAUUCUGGCAAAGCCAAUAGACGAGGCAUACUCAACUGCAAACGCUAGCACGGAAUACUUCCGGCAAGAGAGGGUCGCUCGAGUACAGCGAAAGUAUCAUAGUCCCGAAAAGGCACUCGAGCUCUGGGGGCCUGAAGAAGAUUGGCCUGAGCCUGAAAAUGAGCGAGAUCACUCCGGAAACGCUGAGAUGCUGCUAUGGAAUCUUUGGUACUCUAUUCUCCAUACAGCAAAGAAAAUACCCUUCACCAACGAGGCUCGGCAAGAGAAGCUAGUUGAUCUAGUCAGAGCACUCAAAGGCCGACCAAAUCCCCCAGAACCAGUACCAAUGACGAUUCCCCUCAAAAGAGAUUGGGUCUGGCAACUAGGUACUGUUUGGAGCGACCUAAUCAUCCUGGGCGCCUCAAUCGCCGAAGUGAGGAACGACUCCUGUGGAUGCGGAGCUGGCUGGUCAUGGCCAGAGCAGCAAGCAGAGCAGAACUUGAACGCGUUCUACGCUCGACUGACUGCCAGCGGGGUAGCAAACAUACACGUCCAAGGAGAAAUCUGUGCUGUUGAUGCGCUGGAAAAAGCCCCGACGCCAUGGUAUCGGCGUAUAUCACCGCCGCCAGAUCAUGAGAUUCUCAGCCACUACGUUACUUGCGCUGCGUUGUGGACUAUCAUUGCUGGGAAGGAUGUUUAUGCUAGGUAUCCGCAUACGAGAGAUGAGAGGGAUAUUGAGGUGGUGGAUAGGAUCUUGGAGUUGAGGGAUAAUAAGCUUCCAUGGAACAGAUCGCGGAAGAGGUAUAAAGGCCGGGCGAGAUGGGAGACUGCAAGGAGGGAAUUUGCGCGGAGGAGGUUUGAGGCUGAGUCUCACAACGAGGAGUUGUCACUAGAAGUUCGGGAAUUGGCUGGACGAGCUGCAAAGGCGAUGAAGGAUAUUGUCUCGCAAAAACAGGAAGAGAAGUAA